UAUAAAUGAGGUAGAGUGGAGCAACGUGUAGUAGUAACAAUAUUAUUGUGUUCAAUUGAUUCGUUUCCUAGUCUUUCUUCACGUGCAAGUAACCUAAACAACAUUCAACUUUUUAUUUGUUCAUCGGAGAAACAGUUUCUUGUUCUUCUUGAUUUAAAAAAAAAAAAGAGAUCGAACAUAUGGCAGAUAUAUGUUACGAAGUUGUGACCGAUGCGUCGGCGUAUGAAUCAAGACCGUUACAUUCAGGGAGGAGGCAGAGGUUUCCGAUGGAUAAGACGGUGGCGAUGCAAGAAGAAUGGGAGAAGAAAAACUUUAAGCGUAAUAAACUGGAGGCUUUAACGGUGAGAAAUGAGAACGUCUCCGGUGAGUCUCCGGUGACGGAGGCAAGUCCGAGAUACGGCGUUUCUUCGGUGUGCGGUAGAAGAAGAGAGAUGGAAGAUGCGGUGGCGAUUCAUCCUUCGUUUUCUUCUCAUUCGGAGUAUCCUCAACACUACUUCGGUGUCUACGACGGUCACGGUUGUUCCCACGUUGCAGCGAGGUGUAGGGAGAGACUUCACAAGCUGGUGCAAGAGGAGCUAAACUCUGAUAGGGAAGAAGAGGAGGACGAGUGGAGAAAGACGAUGGAGCGUAGCUUCACUCGCAUGGAUAAAGAGGUUGUGUUGUUGAGUGAAUCAGUCCUGAGUGCGAAAUGUAAGUGCGAGCUUCAGACGCCGGAUUGUGAUGCGGUCGGAUCAACCGCCGUCGUGUCUAUCAUUACGCAGGAUAAGAUCGUCGUCGCUAACUGCGGCGAUUCCAGAGCAGUUCUCUGCCGGAACGGAAAACCAUUCCCUCUAUCGACAGAUCACAAGCCUGACCGUCCAGACGAGUUGGACCGAAUCGAAGGAGCUGGAGGACGAGUCAUAUACUGGGACUGUCCGAGAGUUCUAGGAGUCUUAGCGAUGUCACGAGCCAUAGGAGACAACUAUCUGAAACCUUACGUGACUUGUGAACCGGAGGUAACGGUAACAGACAGGACGGACGAUGACUGCCUUAUUCUAGCCAGCGACGGUUUAUGGGACGUUGUGUCUAUUAGAGGAUAAGUAUCACUUUGUAUAGUUUAGAUAUUAUUCCUUGCAUAUUCCUUUCUGUUAUGAGCCGAUCCCUAUAAUCGCUCAACCUCUUGUACUAUAUAUGUUGAGAUCAAUACAUAAUACAUUGCAAGGGAAACAUAAUCUCUUAUAUGGUAUCAGAGGGUUACAGUUCCUGAAACCUAAUACGCAUCUCUGCGUCUCUCUCUCUUUCUUCUUCUCUACGCCUUC